ACCCCCACCCCCAUCUCUUCAACCUCCACCACCACCCCCAUCUAAUCAACCUCCACCACCAGGUGAAGAAGCGCCAGUGAGACUGGAAGACGAUGGCAUCAAAGAAGCAGAGAAAACGGACCAUUUAAAUCCUGACUGGGACCAUUGGAAGAAGCUCACGACAGAUAAAGAGAGGUACAGAAAGGUUCGUAAGAUGUGGAAGAAUCUACGUAUUCCAAAUCCCAAAGUUAACUUGACCGUGCGGAAUUCGCAGAGACGGAAUGGGUAUGCUCCUCCUAUUCGGCAUCUUCGUGAAAAUCCUGCAAAUUCCGUUUUUGAUGUUCCAUCAAUUCACUGCGGCACCAUCUUCGAAGAUCAAAUUAACGAUAUAGAUAGGAUCUGUAGUGAGAAAGUCAACGCGUUACAACAUCAAAUGCAAGAGGAAAUAGAGAAUCAAACUUACAAAUAUCAUCAAGCAUUGAGGAAUUGUCAUAAUCCAGUUCAGGUUCAGCAAAUCCAAAACGCUCACUUCACGUCCUUGGCUAAGACGCGAGAACUUUUCGAGAAUAAGCGCGACCAAUUGCAAAGAGAAGCAGAGUGGGAGAAGGAACGUUUGCAGGAUACUGGCCAUGAAGUUGUCUCAUUUCACGAAUUCUACGACGACCUGGAUGGGGAAAAGCCUGAGUAUAGUACACGGCUAUCAGAAGAAGAAUUCCAUGAAAUCACCCAAAUCAACGAAAUGCUCAAAGAGUACUAUCAGUUCUACCAAUAAUUGGUAGAACUGAUAGUACUAUUGGUAUAUUUUUGCUUCAAUGGAAAUUUUAAGACUGAUUCAAGUGCCAGUACCUAGGUCAAUAGAUAAGUUUUUUGUGCUUCAUCUAAAUAUUUUAAGACUGAUUCAUAGGCGCACUAAUUUACCGGUGUUCUGUCGUAGAUAAGUCUUUUCUGCCUCUAAUCAUUGUUCAGUGUUAGUUGCCAUUUUUAACGAACAAGUGGAUUAAGCUAUAUGAUCUAAGGACUUAGAUUGUAUGACCUUUUUCUCAACGGAUGUAGAAUCUCAAUUUUACUGCUUGAAGUCUUCUGGAAAUCUGAAGGUUUUCCAAAACUCUGUUAACCAUGCCCCAAUAAUAACGUAAUUAACUAUUUUGUAAAUUUUCUCAAACGAGUUUUUCGCAUGUUUAUAUCCAGUUUCGAAUCCAACGAUGAUGGAAUCGUUUUGAAAGUUAGGGAAAUGUAUGCUAAUGACAGUCGAAGUGAUACUUUUUCCGAUUCCUCUUCAACUCUUGAUUUCUUUAAUUUUAUUCUCUCAUUUCAUUUUUUUCUAUUUUUUAUUACUGCAGCUUUUUUUUAGAAGUUCUGUUGUUAGCAAAUUUGAGUUAUGUUGAAUUUGAAUUAAUUGUACUCCCUCUCCUUUGUUCUUCCUUUUAUUUAAAUUAUUAAUAAUUUGCAAGUAUCAUAAAUCCAUGGGCGAUGGGUUAUUCUCUAUACGUGAAAUACUUUAAAGUCUGUCCAUUGAUCUCCCGACCAGUCAUUCAAUUCGAGUCACCCCUUUCCAAUGAGUCAGAAGAUUCAAGCAUAAAAUUUCUCAAUUCAAAUGUUUUAACUAAUUCAAAAAGUCCUAUUUUUUAUACUUACUCAGUCAUUAAAGGCAUAAUUUUAAAAUGUAUUUCUUAGCAGCAAAAACAGUUAACUCUCUUACAAAGGAGCAAGAACCCAUUAAUUUUGUAGUGGGUUCUUAAGAGCUUCUUUGUAAGAGAGUAACAAUAACUAAACGUGAUAAUGAAUCCCUUAACGGCUACAUAAUUGAGAUCCAAACACCUCUAGAUAGCAGUGUAUGAAUCUCUGCUUUCUAUUCUCUAAAAUGAAAUAGACUAAAAGAAAGAUUCAAAGUAAAUCAAACUAGAGUAAGUCAAUUUUAGCAGAAAUCGCGUAAUGGUUUCAAUAAUUAAAAUACAGCUGAAACGUUUUGAAAUUUUUUUUCUGAAGGAAACAAAAGUUGGCAUUAAUUUUUGGUUUCUUUAAAUAUACCUAUGACCCCAAUCAAAAGCUUUUGAUGCAUCAGAUACAUUUUAAAACUCCUUUGUCAUAUCUGCUCUUGGCUACCUUUUUUCCGUUUAAGAUAAUAUUUUUUAAUGUUUCAUGCCUUUGAAUAUUAUUCCUGGUGGUGCCUUGAAGAGAGAAGUUUUGUCGUGUCAACUAAGCUUAGCAUUCCUCCUCUGAACGCAUUAAAAUAUUUUAAUAUUUGUACAGAUAGAAAGUUAUUUGCAUUUGUUUUUUCUAGAUACUCAUGAAAUAUUUUUUGAUAUUUUUGUUUCGUUGUAAAUAGCAUCCACUCAGGGGACCUUCUCUUCUUGUACAUAUAAGACUUUCCCCUAAUAUCUGCAUUACCUUUACAGUUACCUGAAUGCAUUUUGUUUGUUAUUUUUUACUAUUUUUUUGAACAUUGUUUCCCUGUUAUUUUAAUUCAGAUGUAAAUUGUAAGUUAAUAUUUGUCGAAGCAUUGAAAGUUUGUAGUACUCGGUGAAAUGACUUAGGCGCUACUAUUGCACUGGGUUAGUUGGACAUGUCCUUCAUUUUUUUGAUGGUUCACUCUCAUUUAAUAACUGGAAACUAACAGCAUAGAUCCACUUUAAAAAAAUUUUGUCUGAAUUUAAUGUAGUAAUGUUGUAAAGUUUUCUUCUUUUCAGGAACAUCAUGGGUGAUCUCACCCACUGUAUUUCUGAAAGAGCAAUAUCUUCAUUAAUAUUCAAUGGCGAAACUCAGUGUUAUGAUAAAUUUCAUUAUCAUUAUCGAUCUAUAAGUUUGAGCCUUGAAAAUGCAAUUUUGUUGAAUAUUUGACUUGCAGCAGUGGCGGUGAUAUCACAGGUUAACAGUGUUGUCUCCCUGCUGAAAGAUUUUGAAACUUCCUGAGAUGCAUUCAUCAUUACUUAGACCAUUUCACAUACCAGUGAUCGUACUUUAAAAAUGAAGAAUUGGAAUUGAGUGCCAUGCUGCGUAAUUUUCUGAGAAGAUUGUCGGUUUAUUCGUCAAUGGGCUCAAUGAUAAUCGCCUAGUACUGAGAAACCUCCAUUGUUUAUUGUAAUUUUUCUGCGUAUUGAAUAUUCUCCAACUAUUAAAAUUUACACGGUAAUCCACAGUUAGUCUGUAACCAAGCACUUCAUAAUGAUAUUAUCAUAGCCUGCGGCGUAAAAGAGAGUCAAAAAUAUUGAAAAAUCUGUUCCCUUUAGAAUACUUUUAUGCCAAUCAUGCCUCACUCGUACAUAAGCGGGGCAGUUUCUUUAUUUUGAACUGUAACAGUUUUUUCAUCAUAUUGUUCUCAAUUGAGCUUUCAGUUUAGUUAAUUAAUGAAGCAUCUAAAUAUUCAACUACAGUUUUCAAGCGUCUCAUCUCUUAAUGCCAGGUAAAGGGACCAUUGUCGCAGUAUAGUCUUUUGUAAAAUAGGUUAUGUGCCUUGUCCUUUCCCACUGAAAAUAUGUUCCAUGCUAUGUGUUGAAAACUUUAGUUCAAUACUUUGUGCCUUGCCCUCCGACUGUAGAGUACAAAUUAUUUCUUAAUUAACCACUUGAAAUUGUCAUGUUCUGCAUUUGUGUUCUUUCUUUUAAAUUUGACGUGAACAAUGGAAUUAGUUGUUUCCAAGCGGAGAAUUGAACAUUACUCUUCCCACCGUAGUAUCGUUUAUUUUUAGCUUUUAAGACGGAGCCUAGUAGCACACAUUUACUUAUUCAUUCUUUCGCCAUGUCAUGGGAAUACAAUCUGAUAUGAAAAUAGGUACAUGGUUGAAAGGUGAAAAGGAGUCAGUACAAAAUAUUGUCUUUAUUUUUAUUUUAUUGUUUCCCUUGUUUUGAUAAGUUAACUCAUUUGUACGUUUUUUAAUUGACUUCUGAAAAUUUUUAUUUCUCUUUAUGUUUAUUUAUAGUCUUUAUCCUAGUUUCAUGUAGUCAUAGUUUGUGUUAAUAAGUGGUCUGAUGAGUCGCUUUAUAGCGCUUAAAAAUUUGGCACAAUUUUCUAGGAUUGUAUGUACAGUUAUUCCUUGUGUAGUAUCAGGUUUUCGUGCGAACGGAACUCAGAUGAAAUCAGCUGUUUUCCCUCGGCCAAAUUUUGUUGGUUGUGGUCAACCACAAGUUCAGUCAAAUAUAAUCUCAACUGAUGAUUGCUUAAAUAAGGCACUAAACUCAAGCUAUUGGCAAGAUGAGUUUUUUUCUUGGUGAAUUAAAAAAAUAUUGAUGGCUUAAGUAAAAAAAUGCACGUCUCAGAUUGGGACGUCUAAGUUUCAGUUCAUGUUCUAUUUUUUUAAACGAUAACUGACCACCAAAUUCCAUUGAAAUAAUUCGUGAAUAUUCUACUCUCAUUCUAAAAAAGUAUACAAAAUUGCGAGGAAAAAUUUUGAUUAGUUUUUUUCAAAGGAAAUAAUACACUAUUGGAGAUUUUUAGACGUUCCAAUUGAGAUCUGCAUUUUUUGCCUUGAGUCAUUGAAUUAAAAUCUUCAGCAAUUCGAACAGUUUAUGAGCAAUUGAUUGACGAAGGUAAACUUACUUGAAGCCAUCCAUCAAGCAAAGCUUGUUGCUAGCAAAAAGGCUGGGAUCAGAUCAGCUAAAAAUUUAUCGUAAUCAAAAUUAAAUUCUAAGGAGAUUAAUCAUUUAUAAUCUAGUCAAAAUUUUAGGUGUCUAGCUGUAUCAGAAAUUUUCUGAUUCAGUAGGAUAUUUUCUUGCAGCAUUCUUCACGAAGUCAUGCAGAUUCUCGUCCAGUUCCACCAUAGUUUCAUUAAUUUCCCGUCCAGAUUUCCUAAUAAAAGCCCUUCAGUUUGUUACUUACUCUCUCUAAAAUUCCUUCCAUCAUCUUUGCCGUCAGAUUGAAAUAACUGUUUUUUAUUUCUUUAGUUACCACAACAAGUGCCCAUCAGCUCCACUAAUCAUUCACCUCAAAUUCAUUUAUUUUUUGUUCUCAUAUGUGUUUUAGUUUUCUUUCGUUUGACCUUUCCUUGAGGCAGACAAUGUUACUGUACAGCUCGGUGAUAAAUUAUCUAUGUUUUGUUUAUACUAUUUUUUCACUCUCGCCUUUGGCUCUAAUGUGUUUAUACUCUCCCGUCAGUUGACAUCUCAAAAGAUCGAUGCUAUUGCUUGUUUCAACACUGCAAACAAAUUAAAAAGAAAAUAAGAAAAUUAAGUAGAAAUUUCUCUGUAAUAUUCAUUUGAUCGCGUUUUGUGGCAUCUCAUUUGUAAUUUUGAAUCAAUCUCCAGCUCCAAUUGCAGGUCAUUAUGUACCAAAAACAAGGUACAUGAAACAGGAAGUGCAUUGUCAUCAAAGUCUCGCAGUUGUGUGCAGAGAGAAGGUAUUACAUCUAAUUAGUAGCUUGCAGUAUGUUUGUUCGUGAUGUUUUAUGGAUACUUUUGCAUGAAUAGUAUCUUUUUUCGUUCACCUGCCAAUGCUAUUAAUUCAUACCAAUAAGCACCUAAUAAUGUAAUGCUCAUAGGAAUUUGUAGGUGUACCGGUGGAAGGAACCUUGACUUUUUCCGAACCACACCUUUAAAUCCCUGUAAUUCCCACUCCAAAUAGAUAUUCAUUCUUCAUUUUCUUCAAAUACAGGAGGGUUUGAAAGUUUCUUCUCUGCUUAAUUUCACCAUCUCUGACAUUCCAGGCAAUCACCUGAGAGAUGGUUUAUUGUCACUAAGUUAUGCAUUUCUGAAGUAACCAGUGAAAGUGAAGAAAUUUCAUUUCAUCCGACAACAACACUUGAAAAAAUUAUGUAGAUCUGAUUUCAUCUUUUAAAACCAAUAGAAAUCUUGCAACAUUUUUCUAUUGUUUUUUUAAUCUUGUCGAAUUGUAAAAUUCCAAGUAUGUAGUGUAUUUUAUUUGGCCAAUCGACAGUUUUGAAGUGCCUUCAUUUUAUCAUCUUAAUUCAGUAAAUACGGAGGCAUCAAACCUCUUCACAGCACUAUCUUUUCUUUUGAGUUGUCAUUUUUGACGAGGUGGAUACCAGUUUUUUGUUUUGUUUUAUCAUCUAGUGUCACUGAAGGCUUCUCUCAUAAUUACAAUUGGAAUUUGGGGAAGCCUCCAGUUAGGAUAUCUUGGGGCUUCUUAAAUCUCAAGUCCCCUUUGAUGUCCAGGAUAGAAAGUGAAUACCACUCACCUUCCUCUGUUUGUAAAUAUUUUAUGAUCUAGUCUAAGAAAUUAAUUUCGACCCAUGUCUCAUAUUAGUUAACUUAUAUCCUUCAUUUUAGUACUCAGUCAACUUCUAGCCCUCUGAUUUAACUUCAUUCUCAGUCGAUGCAUUGUCAUUAAAUAGAAAUUUUCGUGAGCUUAAGUCAAAAAAAAUUUCAUUUGUCACUCAGAUAUCAGUUUUUUAACUACUCAUUUAUAUUUAAAACCAUCACAAUAUUAAUCUUCAAAUGCUACAGUCUUAUUUAAAAUCAAACAAAAUUGGUGUGAUUUUUUUCAAGUUUGCCAGUAAAGUAGGAACUAAUCUUUGGAUUUUUCACGCCUGAGCAAAAUUGAUCAAAAGUCAGGGUAUUUUCAAAGAAACAAUUUUUUAUUGUUUUUGAAUUUUUAAGGUAACCUUCAGAAAUUAAAGGAUUUUAGGCUCAAUCAAAAGCUAAACCAGCGCUGAUUUUCUUUGCUUACAAGACCGUUUAGAGAUUUUCACCUACUAAUGAUGAGAAAUUUCUUUCUUAGUUUCUCGUUAGCAACCCUGUGUUCUGUGAAGAAUGAAUACAUACUUUCAAAGCACUUACUUUUUUCAAGGAGUCAGAACCUGCAACUUUUUUAUUUUGAAGCAGAGAGUAAUUUUACUGGUAAUCCAAAGUUGAUUUGAUAAAUGACAUGAUUUGUGAAAUGAACUUCAUUUUCAACAGCCACCCGUUUGAAUAUAAUCAAAAAGAUUUCUUUUAAUGUUGCUCUCUUCUGCCUAAUUGUGUGUUUGAUUAAAAAAAGUACAGUAUAUGUCAAUUUUGCAUCAAAAUUAUGUCCUAUUUAGGUUGACCUCUCUUUUUAAGAGUUAAUUUCUGUUUUUUAAUGUGUCAAUUUUACAUCGAAAUAAUGACCUAUUUAGGUUGACCUGUCUUUUUUAGAGUUAAUUCUGCUUUUGAAAAGUUGGAACAGCAGGUCAUUAAGAUGAUUCUCAGUGAUUUAGGGACAAGAUCCGCAGCCAUGUUGCGCUGUUGUACAGUCUUAGUCUUUGAGAUGCAAUAAUUAUGGUGAUGUUCAAAGUAAUGCCAAAAACUGAUCCAUAACGUGUAGCAGCAUUAAUACUGAGUAGUAUGACAUCAAAUAUUUGAGGAUUCAUCAUAGAUUUACAUUAGUAGCUACCAAAACGGACUUCUCUCAUUGACUCAACAGGUAAGAGAGAUAUUAUAAAGCCAUCUCUCUCUUACGCGUCGAGUCAAUGAGCAAAGUUGGUUACAGUAGCUUCCUCCAUGUCUGCUACACGUUAUAGAUCUGUUUCUGGCAUUAUCUUCCAAGUACCAUAAUAUUUGCUUUUUAAAGGCAUAAACAGUGUAUCAGCGAUACGGACCUUGCCCUCACAUCUCUUUAGAUCACCUUAAGUAUUCAUGAGAUCUUGGCACUAUUUAUGAAACAAUUUGCCAAAUUGAAGACUUUUUCAAGAAUAAUUUUUUACUCAUAAUAGGAAGUAUGUUUAGCUUAUUGUAUUCUUAGGAAUGAAUUUCUAAUACUUUAAGUACCAAUUGCAGUCAUAAUACAUCGAUUUUCCAAGCCUACAUGAAUUUAAUUUACAUUUACAAAGUCAUCCCUUAUUUUCUAUGCAUUACGUUUUGAGUCUCAUAAUAUAGUUAGGAAAACACAUCCAUGAAUUGAUUUCGAUAAUAUGAAUUGCUCGACUGAUGAUUCCAAGUAAACGGAAGAAAGAUCUUGAAUCGCUCCAUACUUUAGCUCCGUAAGGUGCCAGUUGCCUUCUUUAGUUGUAGUGUCUUCAGGAUUAGAGAGAAAAAAGUUCCAGUUAGUAUAUAGAUCUUUAUUUUUUUAAACCCCCUAUGUCUAUCAGAUUACUUAAGUUUAUUUUGUUUCUUUGUACUUUAUUCGAACAACGGUUGUGAACAAUUCUAUUUUCUUAAUUUUGAACCUCUCAAAUGAUUAAAAUAUUUUAUGAUAAA